AUGCCGACUUGGAAGAUGUAUGUAGGAAAAGAAGAUCCAGUAUCUUGUAUGAACAACUUUGAGGUACAAACAUGUCUACAAGGAAUUCGUUAUGAUGUCCAAUGCAGGAUUUUUCCUACUACCUUAGUUGAUGCUGCUCAGCAAUGGUUCUUUAAGCUAGAGCAUGCAACCAUUAAUUCUUGGGAUCCAUUUGUGAGAUUUUUCUACUCACAAUUCUUUGUUGCUAGGACUUUUCCUGCUGAGCUUAAUGUCCUUGUUGAUAUCAAACAAAGACCCAAUGAGCCACUCAAAGAUUACGUGCAACAGUUCAUGCAAGAGGCUGCUCAUUCCAAAAUAGUUAGUGAUGAUGACGAGUUUAUUAAAUUAGAAGAAGCUAUUCGGAAAGCCAACCGGGCUAACCAAGCAAGAACUAGUACUGCACCAGUUAAAAACACAGUAAGAAGCGAAACAAAAAUUCCAAAAGUGGCAAUUAACCAGAAUAGUGGGAAGCAGAACAAAAAUUCCAAUAGUGGCAACAAUAAUGACAACAAACAAGAAAAAGCUAACGAUAAGCCUCGAGAAUACGUGCCCCGUUUCACCACCUACUCUACAUUAUUAGAGUCACAAGCAUAUAUUUUUCAAGCCAUGCAGGCUGAGGUUCCUUAUAGGAAACCAACUCCUAUUAAAAAAGAUAUAAGUAAAAGAGACACCAAUAAAUUAUGCAAAUUCCAUAACAAUUAUAGACAUGACACUAAUGAGUGUAAUCAACUCAAGGACGAAAUUGAGUUUCUGAUUCAUUCAAAUCACCAAGCAAUGAGAAGAUAUGUUCGUCAAUCACUCGAUCAACAGCCAGCUACUGCAGUAUCUAAUGAUGCACUAACCCAACAAUUAUUACAUGCCCUGGUAGCAGGAUGA